GUGCGCACCACCCUGGGACCUCGGGGCAUGGACAAGCUCAUUGUGGAUGACCGAGGCAAAGCCACCAUCUCUAACGAUGGUGCCACCAUCCUGAAGCUCCUUGAUGUCGUCCAUCCGGCUGCGAAGACGUUGGUGGACAUCGCCAAAUCUCAAGAUGCAGAGGUUGGUGAUGGUACCACAUCUGUAACUUUGCUCGCUGCUGAGUUCCUGAAACAAGUGAAGCCCUACGUGGAGGAAGGUCUCCAUCCUCAGAUCAUCAUCCGUGCCUUCCGCACCGCCACGCAGCUGGCUGUAAACAAGAUCAAGGACAUUGCUGUGACAGUGAAGAAGGAAGAUAAAGA